GGGCCCUAUAUCCGGUGUCCGCCCGCCCUCGGCCCCGCUACCGCUGCGAUGCUGUCUAGGUCCCGCUGCGUGUCCCGGGCGUUCAGCCGCUCGCUCUCCGCCUUCCAGAAGGGGAACUGCCCUCUAGGGAGACGUUCCCUGCCUGGGGUCUCCUUAUGUCAGGGACCAGGUUACCCUGACAGCAGGAAGAUUGUAACCAGAUGUAAGUCUCUAUAUUUUGAGAGCCGGCAUUUCACUGCAGCACAGGGUCCUGGACUCACCCAAGGAGCUCACUACUUAAGCAUUAACAGCAGUAGUGUCUUCAGCGUUCGCUUCUUCAGAACUACGGCGGUGUGCAAGGAGGAUGUGAUUACAGUCAAAACCCCAGCAUUUGCAGAAUCUGUCACAGAGGGGGAUGUCAGGUGGGAGAAAGCUGUUGGAGACACAGUUGCAGAAGAUGAAGUGGUUUGUGAGAUUGAAACUGACAAGACAUCUGUGCAGGUUCCAUCACCAGCAAAUGGCGUCAUUGAAGCUCUUUUAGUACCUGAUGGGGGAAAAGUAGAAGGAGGCACUCCUCUUUUCACACUCAGGAAAAUUGACGCUGCUCCUGCCAAGGCCAAGCCAGCCGAAGCUCCUGCUGCUGCAGCCCCAAAAGCAGAGCCUACAGCAGUUCCUCCUCCCCCCCCAGCAUCCGUACCCACUCAGAUGCCGCCAGUGCCCUCUCCCUCACAACCUCCUGUUAGCAAACCGGUGUCUGCAGUAAAACCCACUCCUGCUCCUCCAGCAGCUGAGCCAGGAGCUGGCAAAGGUCUGCGUUCAGAACAUCGGGAGAAAAUGAACAGAAUGCGGCAGCGCAUUGCUCAGCGUCUGAAGGAGGCCCAGAAUACAUGUGCAAUGCUGACCACUUUCAAUGAGAUUGACAUGAGUAACAUCCAGGAGAUGAGGGCUCGGCACAGAGAUGCUUUUCUGAAGAAACAUAACCUCAAACUAGGCUUCAUGUCGGCAUUUGUGAAGGCCUCAGCCUUUGCCUUGCAAGAGCAGCCUGUUGUAAAUGCAGUGAUUGAUGAUGCAACCAAAGAGGUGGUGUAUAGGGAUUAUAUUGACAUCAGUGUUGCAGUGGCCACCCCACGGGGUCUGGUGGUUCCCGUCAUCAGGAAUGUGGAAGCUAUGAAUUAUGCCGACAUUGAGCGAACCAUCAGUGAACUGGGAGAGAAGGCCCGAAAGAAUGAACUUGCCAUUGAAGAUAUGGAUGGUGGUACUUUCACCAUUAGCAACGGAGGCGUUUUUGGCUCGCUCCUUGGAACACCCAUUAUCAACCCCCCUCAGUCUGCCAUCCUGGGCAUGCACGGCAUCUUUGAUAGGCCAGUGGCCGUGGGAGGCAAGGUGGAGGUGCGGCCCAUGAUGUACGUGGCACUGACCUACGAUCACCGGCUGAUCGAUGGUAGAGAGGCUGUGACUUUCCUCCGCAAAAUCAAGGCAGCGGUAGAAGAUCCCAGAGUCCUCCUCCUGGACCUCUAGGAGGAAGCCACGCGCCCUACACAUUGACCAUGCAGGAACUGAAAACCAGUCUUCUCCCUGUCCCCUCAUGGGUCCCAGGUUAGCCUGGUGACAGACAGGCACAUGCUGUUGGCCUCAUGAAAGGAAGCCAGACCACUAUGUAACCAGCAGGUCUUUUCUUGGUGUUCCUGUCAGGCUCUCUCCCUCUCUUACACUCGAAUAUCUUAUUUCCUUAGGCUUGAGGGAAAGAGAGAGAGCCUUAAUGGAUGCUCAUUAAUAUUCCUGCCUUCCUCCAUUAGUCCUCUGCAGAGAUGAUUUUGCUUCUUCCCUGUGCCACUAUACUAUAGGACCAUGUGAUUAAGUUUCUACGAUUUGAAAGUCUGUUCUCCAGAGAUGUCUAGUGGGGCGCUGUGCCUCCCAGGCUCAGAGCAGCCUCUCUCCUGGCUGUGCAUAUUCUCACUCAAUUCCACUGGAGGUAUUGACCACAGGCCAAGAGCUGCUGCUUUGCUUCUUAAAUGGCACCUUCAUUCUCACCUGUCAUUGACUUCAAGACGCCUCUUCUACCUCUUCCAGGAAGUACAGGCCAGGGGAUCUGGGUGGGAGGGGAGUGGGCUGUGUUGAGAGGGGAGAGGGCAGAUUCUCCCUGAGGUCAUAUGUUAUAAACAAGACAGGAGCAGAACCCAGGCCUACCCUCACACUCUCCAUCAUAGCCUCGCACCAGGAAGACCCAUUUUGGCAGUCACACACAGCUGUGGUUGUGCCAACCACACUUUCCAGACUGCUAGGAACCAUUCUAGCACAUUGUUCUCAUUUAGAGCAGAUUCAAGCACAUCAUGGCAGUGGGACAGAGCAUGGUCACACCCAAGGGCUGGAGC